GCGGUGACGGAAGUAACCAAAGCCAUGGCGGCGCCCUGUGAGCGCUGACACUGGUGCCGGGAGACCUUCAUCAUGUGGACCAGCGGGAGGAAAAUAGGAGCUUUUCUAAAACUUCUGAAGCGCUGUCAGCGCUGCCGUUGGGGAGCAGUGCGGAGGGGGCCGGCUGAAGGCCGGCUCUGCAGAUUGUUAUCAUCAUCAUCAGCAGCAGCAGCAGCCCCCCCGUGGAAGCUCCUGUUCUUCGGCACCGAUCAGUUUGCUGUGGAAUCUCUGAAGCUUCUCACAGCCAGCAGGAGCUCUGGUGAAGGGAUAGUGGAGACCCUUGAAGUUGUUACCUUGACUGGAGAUGUACCAGUGAAGAGGUUCGCUCAGCAGAACCACCUUCCAGUCCACAGCUGGCCCCCUGACGAUGUGGAGGGACGGUUUGACGUUGGAGUGGUCGUGUCUUUUGGCUGCUUACUUCCUGAGAGGCUAAUCAAGAAGUUUCCAUACGGGAUUUUGAAUGUUCACCCCAGCCUGCUGCCAAGGUGGCGAGGUCCAGCGCCUGUCUUCCACACCAUCAUGCAUGGCGACAGCAUGACAGGAGUUUCCAUCAUCCAGAUUCGCCCUCACAGGUUUGACACGGGCCCUGUUCUUAACCAGCAACUCUAUCAGGUCCCUAAGAACUGCACUGCUGAUGAGCUCGGAGCUACUCUAGCCACAGUGGGGGCACGUCUUCUGAUUAACACACUGAUGUCACUGUCUGAGAGAAUAGAAAAUAAAAGGGAGCAAGGACAAAGCGGCGCAACAUUCGCCCCAAAAAUCAAGACGUCCAUGAGCUGGAUGGUGUGGGAGGAACAGACUUGUGACCAAAUUGACCGUCUCUAUCGUUCCAUUGGGUCUCGGAUACCUUUGAGGACUAUGUGGAUGGGCAUGACAAUAAAACUUCUGGAUUUUGCAGGAAAAUGUCACAUUUCAUUAUCAGAUCAAGAGAGGAAACCCAUACCUGGUUCAGUGAGCUUUCAGAAGGAGACGAAUACUCUGGCAGUUUGCUGUAAGGAUGGCUGGGUGGGAUUCAGGGCAGUGCUCCUUAAAAAACGACUCACUGCAGCUGAUUUCUAUAAUGGCUACCUGCACCACACGCUGCACAACAACACGCUGUGUGAGACGGCCGAAGGACAGUUUGUCAGUAAAAAAGGAGGAACUGAAGUGCAUCAAAUGAGAAGGAACUCAAAGCUGUGAUGCGACAAUAAUAUUCUCACAUGAUCAUCUGAUGGCAUUUAUUACAAUAACAAUGGCAGUUGUUAAUGUGUUAUACUUGUCUGUUUUAAGGCAUCUGCAUUUAUGCUACAUUUAUUCUCUACUGUAUUUAUGCUGUGUUGCAAUAAAUGAAUGUAAUGUUGAUUGACAGACAACAGGAACAAUUAUGAACUGAUUAUCACUGCAUGAAAAGUGGGUUUUUCGACAGUUUCUUGUAUGUAAUAUUGACGCGCGCCUUGAGUUUUAGGGCUCUCCGCAGGAGGCUUUGGCCAGAACAAUAAACUGUAGGGAAACUGC